AUGUAUUUUAACAAUUUCAUUGGGCCAGUCGAUAAUAAUCACUUAAGCAUAGUAUGGAAUCGAAUGAACACUUGUAAUCUUCCAACGAAUCUUCGGCGGAUCGCACGUCGUAGGUUUCUCUCGACGGAUAAUUGCAAUGAAAAAAGUGUUUGUACGAUCUUUGAUCAUUCGCUUAUGCUUUGGAGGUGCAAGUUUGCAAUUCGAACACAUCAAGAUCCAUCAUUCAUCUGGCAACUAAUAUUAUACCUAAUCAGACGAGAUAAUUUAUUUAAACGUGAAGAUCUAUCCUUGAAAGAAAUAAGGCAAAUAUUGAUGGCCAAUUCCACGAGAGGAUUCACUCAUCUCAAGAAGAGUCACAUACAUGCUUGCAUACUAUUGCUGCAAUCCUUAUACCGUCGCGAUCAGGUGUUAGACAAAUUUACUCUUAAGGAAAUCAAAGAAUACUAUGGGAUCAAUUCCUUUUCCCUAAAAAAGAUCCAAGAAAGCAUGCAGGUUCAAGGUGCCAAUCUGACUUUUAUGACAUUGCAAUAUCUGAUCAGAACACAGUGCGAAUGGAAGUCCGGAACUCUAAAGGGUGCAAUAUUCUGGAUGGAUGUAAUGGAGGAUCUAGGAUUUUCGCCCACACUUUUGGAAUACACCAAUAUCAUUUAUAGAAGCAUUGAAUUAGAAGAUUACGACGUCGUUCGUAGGUACAUACAAAAAUUGAUUGACGCCGGAUUGAACCCAACUCUAAACAACAUAGAUGUGGUUCUUAGAUUCUCCGAAAGCAAUCACAAAUUUAGAUUAGUUGAAUCGUCGUUUCAGCAAUUUUUUUAUGAGGGAUAUUUCGAGUACACCAGUGAUAAUUACAAUUGGUUACUCUUCCGAUACGCAAAAAAAGACAAAAGAAAUCGAGCAAAGAAAUAUUUUGACGAGAUGACCGUUGAGAAACGAUUAUAUCCUGACACUUUGACGUUUCAAUCUUUGAUAGCUGCUGAAAUUGGAUUCUAUGGAGAGCGUAAAUCAUCUGUUAAAAGACUAGAAACGUCAAUUAACCUUUACAAAACUAUGCAAAACAAGUACAUAUUGAAGCCAAAUUCCUUUAUCUAUUUUUCACUGUUGAAUAGAAUAAUUGAUCCCUCACCAGACAUUAAAUAUCCUAACGGUGCAAUGGAAGAUUACAGUAUAAUUCGUGAGUUGACCGUGGGAUUGUUGUCCUGUUUGACUCCAGAUUGUCAAAUUCUCGAUAAGAUAUCAAACAAUUUCCUGAAAAAACUUUUUUCGACGCUUUUACUUCACAAUUAUCUACACGAAGCACAGCUAGUGUAUCAAGAACUUCGACAUCGGAAUCCAAACAAAAACGUAAAGGGUGCAAAGGAGCUAUUAGAUGCUUUCGCGAAAUCAGGUGCCCCAAAUUUAGCAAGAAACGUUUUUCACGAAAUGGUCUCUUCAGGAGUCCAACCGGUAUCAAAGUAUUAUGGACUAAUACUCGAAGGGUAUCUUAAUAACAACGAUCUCAUGUCAUCCUUACAAUUUUACGAAAUCAUUAAAGAGCAUGAGAUAAUACCAAGCGAAAUAAACUAUUUAAUUCUUAUAAGGACACUGAUAUAUCACCGAGAGAUUGAGAAAGCAAAUGAAAUUUUUAGGGAUGCUUUGCAACAUUACGGAAAACCAUGCCUACCAAUUUUUAACACGUUACUUCAUGGGUAUUUUAUAGCGGCUGACAAUGAAUCGGCACAAACAUUGUUGAACGAAAUGAUCUCCAAAUAUGGUGUAGAACCUAACGUGGUUACUUACAAUGUGCACAUCCAAGGAUAUAUCAAUAUGAAGUGGAGUAGCCUUGGUGGAAUUCAAAAGAUCUAUGAAAAGAUGAAGCAAGAUGGUAUUAAACCGGACAGCAUCACGUUUAGAAAUUUAAUAUUGGUGUGUUUAAAACACGGAAACAUCGGUUUGGCAAAAGAUUAUUUUAAAGAGAAUGUAGAGGCAAAAGUUGAAGUGAACUUUCGGAGCGGAAUUACCUUGAUGAAUUAUUUGGUAAUUUCGGGGGAGAAAGAUGGGGACCAUAUGAAUUUUUGUUGGGGGAUAUAUGAAGAGUUGAAAAAACAAGGAAAGGUGGAUAAACAAGUUUUCGAAACUUUAUUGUAUGGAUCUCGGAAAUUUGAAGAUUGGAAUAUGAGAAAAAGGAUUGAAAAAGAAAUUGAAAGAUCUGGAUUCAACAUAGACGAAGGAUUUGCUUUUGCAGAAAAAAAUGAGGUUGUAAGUUUGUUAACUUCGGAAUGA